GCGAAGGAUCUUGCCGUUGAUCACGUAUCCGAUGAGAAGUUAUCGAUCAAUAUCUCGGGAAGAAAAUUCGAGACGUGGAAAAAUACGUUGGAAAAGAAUUUUUAUGAUGAGGACACCGGAGAAUAUUUUUUCGAUCGUGACCCGGACAUUUUCCGACAUAUCCUAACAUUCUAUCGAACUGGAAAGCUACAUCCAUUUUCAGGAAUCCCCGACAUGAAUGCCUUGUCGCGUACGACGAGGAUAUUUGUUUGCUACGAGGACUAUAAGGAUAAGAACGGUGAAAUCAAGAACGCCUUCUUCGCGCGAGCGAUCAGAGCAUCGAUGCCGGACCAAUUUAUCGAUUUUCAGCAGAAGAUGUGGGCGGCGUUCGAAAACCCACACACCUCGUCGGUCGCACUUGUUUUUUAUUAUGUCACGGGUUUUUUCAUUGCUGUUUCUGUAUUAUGUAAUAUAAUAGAGACCAUUCCAUGCUGGUAUGUAAAUGACACUCCUACCUCCUGUGGAGACGCCUAUGAGAGACAAUUUUUCGUAUUAGAUACUGCUUGCGUUAUCAUAUUUACCAUAGAAUAUUUGUUACGAUUAUACGCCGCACCAGAUCGAUGUCGAUUUCUG